UGUGGGGGUCGUUACCGGUUCGGGGUCUUGAAAUGGAAAAUGGGGUGAGAAGAUGGUUGGUCAACGUCUCGCAGUGGAAUCCUUCGGAGGCUCAGUUUGCAUCCGUUAUUUCUCUCUUUCCGGUGGAUGAGCAGACAGCCAUCACCAGGUCACUUUUGAUUUAUUCUUAUGAUAUUAUUACUGCCCUUUCGCAGGUCUUGUUGUUCGUCAGAAUAGAUUAAGAGAGCUUUUUUUCGAUUAAGAUGAUAGCUUUCGAGUAAAAGUUGGGUUUUGAACUGUCUGCGAUGAUCGUCUGGAAAAUUGUUCGAAAUUAUCUUUUUUUUUAUAGGAUUGAGCCUGCAAUAAAUAAGCACAUGAACAUUGGGAGUCAUUCCAAUGUUCCCGAAGCAAAAGAUAAGCACUUUUGUUCCCGAAGCAAAAGGGUUGUUUUACCUUGGGAGUCAUUCCAAUCUGAUAUGCAUUCGCUUCUCUUAAGCAUUGACACCUGGAAAUUAUUGUGAAUAUGAAGUUGAAGGACAGUUUUCACAUAGACGUGUAUGAUGUGCAUGCUCAAAUCUAAUUUACCUCCUUUUCAUUUAUGGAUUUCGAUCUCGAAUAUCUUGAACAUUUAACAAGGGGAAGCAAAAAGAGGAGCUUCAAAUGUUUUUUGCUUAACUUUUGCCCUCUUUUCAUGCCUUUUCUGUGUGCACUUGUUGCCCAUAACCUGCUGCCUAAUUCCUGACUGCAUUAUCCUUCCAGUUUUGGUGGACUUUGUGCAUUUAAGGAUGUCACUGCUGCUACAGAAUGUCAUCCUAUUCCACACCUUAAACAAAAACAUGCCCAAAAUAAUAAUUUAUCAUCUCUUAUGAGAUGUAAAGGGUAAACUUUAGAAGGACUUGGUCAUUGUGCCACAUAGUUCCCAUUUUGAUUUAAAGUAGGUUUUGCCAUAUCAUUAUCUUAGCUUGUUUGACGGUUCAGUCCAACAUAUCAUUCAUAAAGGGUUAAUGUGGUUCAUCAAGGUGUGGCUGCUGGAUACUACCUACAUGGAUGGAUAAAAGGAAGUACUUGUUUCUGCAAUGUGUUUGGUUUUUUGCUUUUCAGUUUCAAUGACUUAGUCACUUGCUUAUGUUAUUUAUCCUCUUUGAGUUUUUUCCGUAAACAUCCACUAGUGUCUAUCUAUCUAUUUGUGUUCCUACUAGAUAUAUCUGUAUGUAUGAUGACAAGCUGAUCAAGUUUUGAGUUGUGUAUAUUAAUCAGCAUGCACCGUUCCACAAAGUUGGACCGGUCGAUCUUCUUAUAUCAAACUUGCAUAUAGAUAGGUACAUAAAGUUCGAGGACAAGAAACGGGCACUUGUCAGUCGAUUACUUCAGUACUCACUUGUGCAUGAAGUUUUGGGUAUACCUUUUGACAAGAUUAUCAUUCACCGCACAGCUGAGGGAAAACCAUAUCUGGAAAUGUGCAGCAUAUGGUUGCAAAGUUGAAAGCUUGUUGCGAGAAAAAUAGUAUAGAUUUUCCAUUUUCAAAUUUCAACUUCAAUGUAUCACAUCAUGGAGAUUAUGUGGGCAUAGCAUCUGAGCCGCUGUGCCUUGUUGGUUUGGAUAUUGUUUCCAUUACAACCCCCAAGCAAGAAACAGAACUUGAGUUCAUCAAUAAUUUUUCGCCAUAUUUAACUGUUUUAGAGUGGAAGAACAUUGCGCAUGCUGGUAGUUCAGAAGAAAUGUUGGCUGAAUUCUACAGAUACUGGUGUCUGAAGGAGGCAUUUGUGAAAGCUAUUGGUGCUGGGUUGGGCUAUGGCUUGUGCAGAUUAGAAUUUCACCAUACAAACUGGACUGGCAUAUCUGUUUAUAUUGAUGGAGUUGAAUCAAAGAAAUGGAGGUUUUCACUUUCCAAGCUUGACGAAAAACAUUGGGUGUCUAUAGCAAGCGGACUUCCAAAUAAAGUUGAUGAACUGUGUUGCAGCAAUUUGUCGCUUCCAGAGCUUGGAUUCACCUUCCGCACCGUGGAAGAACUCAUUUCAAAUGUUCAUUGAGGGAGCCUGAUAUUUACAUGAGGGUUUAGUCAAUUAGUAGUUCUUUAGCGGUCUGAUUGAGAUUCCAUUCAGUUGUCACAAGCAAGAUUUGUAGAACUAAUCUGAAUCUUUACUCUUUAUGUAUGAUAGCACCAUUGUUAGGCCUUUGCCCCUACUUUCAUGGCAGAUGACAAUUUAUGUAUGGAUAUUGUUAUAAUCUCACAUAUCACUUAAUAUUCAAAGUUUUCUUUCAUUCAA